CCAUGAUACGUGCUAUUUCGUAUAUCUUUGGUGAACUGAAUGUAACUGAAUUAGUAUUACCAGUUUCUAUUGACUACUUUUUGAAGGAUCAAGUGCAUUUAUAUUUCGCUCUUUUUAACGAAUAUGUAAUGUUAAUUGUCUUAAGCACAAUAGGAAUAGCACACUCUUCUAUAUUUGUGUCACUUAUUCAGCACGCCUGUGCUCUGUUCAAUAUCGUUGCAUGGAAGAUAGAGGAAGAAUAUAAAAAGAAUUUGCAUAAUUUCUAUCAUGCAGGCAAUUAUGACAAAGAAUAUAAGUCGAUCAUCGACAUCAUAGAGUACUAUGAUAAUGCCAUUUAGUUCGUAUCUAAUUUUACAAAACAAUACUUAAUGCU